AACAAGGAUCAUCGGCCCCGCGUCAGCUGCGUGAGUCAGGGACUGACCGCUGUUCCCGACGGCAUCCACACAGACACACAGGUCCUGGUUCUCACGGAAACCAGUUCACUUCUCUGUCCUGGUCCAUGUAUUCUGGGUUCACAGAGCUGCACGAGCUGGACCUGAGCCACAAUCACAUCAGCACACUGGAGCCGUCGGGUCCAGUGCUGGAGAAGCUGAGUGUCUUGCGUUUGUCUGGUAACAGGUUAACUGGUUUGGGAGGACUGGCGUUCCGCUGCGCUCCCAGUCUGAUGGAGAUCUUCUUAGACAGGAACCAGAUUCGUUCCCUUCAUGACGGCACCUUCAGUGAACUGCCGCAUCUGGAGGUCAUCAACCUGUCUCAGAACAAGCUUCCCGCGCUGCCUCCGCGCCUCCUGGAGCGUGUCUCCUCCAGCGGCCUGAAGACGUUUGACUUGGAGAAUAACAGCGUCUCGCUGAUGCCCGACCUCUUCUUCUCGUCCAAACCCGAGCUGCCUUAUGUUUACCUAACCCACAAUCCCUGGCUCUGCAGCUGCGCUGUCGGUUACCUCCACAGCUUCCUAAAUGACCAGGAACACAACAUCUACAUGCACGACGGGCCAAACGACAUCCUUCCUGCUGCAGACUCCGUGGUGUGUUCCGGACCACCUCACCUGCUCAAACGACCCAUCAUUGAACUGGAGGAGAGUGACUUCUGUCCACCAGAUCCAACCUAUCCUCCACUCCUCCAGCCCAGAGGAGACCAGGAUUUCAGACCCACUCACGUUCUUCCAGAUUUCAAACCAAAUCUUGAACGUCCAGAUAUUGUAUCCUCUUCUGAACGUCCAUAUAUUGGAACCCCUUCUGAACUUCCACAUCUUGAACUUGCUCCUCAUAUUACAGAUCUAGGACCCCAUCCUGAUCUUUCAACAAUCUCAGAAAAACCAAUUUCCAGCACUCAAACGCCGAUUGCUCCAUAUCACACCACUAUUGAAGCCCAUGUGCACGAUUCCACCAAAUCCUGGACCUCUAUUGAAACGUAUUGGGUCACUGAGACCUGGACCAAAAUCUGGUAUGAAUUCUGGACACAGUAUUUUAUCUUGACUCCAAUGGCCAAUACAUAUCUUCCCUCUCCAGACGCCACAGAACCAACCACCUGGAAAACCGACACAUCUCGACCCACAACCAACUCUGAGCUGCCAACCACUGCUCCAAGUAUUGCCAAAUCCCAAAGUCAAGCCACUGGCCAACCGGAACCACACACAAUCACAUUCACCACCAACUUUGGACCAAUUAUUGGCCAAUCCCAACCGCAAAGUACCGCCCAACCAGACCUGUCCACGAUCACGGUCCAAACCACCAGACGGGUCACUCUGCUGACCAGCGUUGGUGCACACUGGGUAGAAGCUCAGGACGCUUUUGGACGCUUGCUGCCCUGGUGCUGGUGGCUGUUUGCUGGUUUUCUGUUGCUGUGCGUACUUUCUGCUCUCACUUCCUGUUUCCUGUUCCUUUGGCUCCUCAGAAACUACCUCGUCAUCUACCGACGGCUCAAACGUCAUGUCUCGCCCUCACGGGUCACCCUGCGGGCGUACAGACGCACUCAAAAACCGCCGCUCGGAUUGGAGAAUGAGGGUGAGAGCGUGAGCUUUUUACCUCUAGAGCAGAUCAAAGACGCUCAAGCCGUGUUCCGGAGCGUCCUCUUCGUCUCCAGAGACGAGCAGCACCAGAUGAGGGAGACUGAAGACGUCUCUUCUGUAAUAGAGCUGGUGAGAGAUAAGGAAGUGUUCAGGAAGACGCUGUACAGAGUGAUUAGUGCAGAAGAGGAAGCAGGCGGGUGGACGGAGGAAGAGGAGCGCUGGGCGAAUGCACGAUACAGCCUGAUCCUGAGGGAGGAGAGAGCGGCUCAGAGAGAGAGGAGGUGGCUGGUGGGGGAGUGGCAGAUGGGCGGUGGGGGCGUGGUCUGUGAGAGGCCCUGCUCUCUGAUUGGCCAGCCCUCCGCAGUCGUCCCGGAGUGAGCAGCUGGUGGAUGUAAUUCGCUCUCGACCAUCAGUUGAAAACUUUCUAGAAUUACAUGUUGGUUCAAGCCAGUGAAGUAAUAAUAAAAGUUCUUGCUCUUCUCAGCUAGAAACAAUGGAACUGAUUCACUGUAUUUCACUAACUAUCGGUAACCUUGUAACUCCAUGUCAACCAAUAACCAUUAGUGUUUGUGGACUAAGUUAGGGUUACACUGCAAAAAAUAUUUUCUUCAUGUUUUUGUUUAGUUUUUUUUCUAGUAUAAAUAUCUAAAAAUUCUUGAAUCGGGAUGCAUUUACUGUACAAGUAAAAUGAC